AUGGUUGCAAUUUCACAACAAACUAUUGAAAAACUUAAAUAUCCUGAUUAUUGGUUACAACGAUAUACAUAUUGGGGAAAUCCCUUAACUUGGGUAGAAUAUUAUCGCAGGAAAAAUCUUAAUGCAACAAUCGAUGAGUGUUACAAUUCUUUGGACGAAAAUAUCGGCUUACUUUUACGAGUUUUUAAUAAAAAUAAACCGGAAGCACACCGCGGCCACAGUUUGCGAAAGCUUCUAGUCAGUGAUUACUCGGCAGAACCCCAUGCGGACCCGACUUUCGCCGGCAAGUCUCUCCCUUGGGCUGAGAUGGGAUGCAUCCACAAAGAUUGUCGCGUGCUACCAUUCGUUAUAGACACGAGCCAUCUUUUGCCUCUUCUCACUAGCAGUUACUGUUCCAAUCAGCCACUACGUGCUAUUGGUGGAAUUAAGGAGCGAGAAAUUAAAUAUGUGAAGUGCGCAACGUCGUCAUCACAAUCAAGCACAGAUGAUGAAAUUGCAGAAGAUGGAAUUGCAGAUGAAGAAAUCGCAUUUGAAGAUGAUAAAAUUGCAGACGAUAAAUAUGGGAUUGGUGACGAUGAUAAUGAACACUUUGAUUUAAACGAUAGUCAGAAUCGUAAACGAAAAAGAAAUCAUGUGACCUAUCCGAUGUUAACGAACUAUUACAGAAUACUUUUAGCAAUGCAGGAUCUUCACAUUGAGGAAGACUCACAACGAGCUCGACAUUCUUUCGCUAUGUUGGAAUGGUCAGUGAUAAAUUUCGAAAUAUUUGAAGAUGCAGGCUGGCAAGGUGAACGCAAACCAGCAACCAUAUCGAUUCCACAAAUCGAGUUAAAGUUGCUAUCUCCUAUCUUUGAAAAGCAUUUUGACUCCCGAAUUCAAUCUGUAAUUGCGAUGUUACGAUCAUUAGAAAGGAAGGGCAAAAUCGUCACUUCCUCAUUAUUUAACAGUUGGUUUGGUUGGUUAUGGGGUCGUUCACGAAGUUAUUACUACCUUGAUGCUUUGACUUGCAUCUCUGUGUUAUCAACGGUUAUAUCAUAUAUACCUACACCAUGCCGUGGUCUUGGAAGCAAACCAUCCGAAAACCAUGAACUAUGGACAAGCAUUUUAUUUAAUGCAUUUUCGUUUCAUAACCCAAAAUUUUUCACUGCAUGGGAAUUCUACCACUUAGUUCCCGGAAAUGGUGGGCGAGGUUCAGCAAAAUCGGACUUUUCUGCAAUUGUAAGAAACAAAAGUGACUUGCAAUUUGCUUUCUUUUUAGCUGAAUUCGAACAGGAGGUACAUAAAGAUGAUGUAGUCAUUGUUGCAGAAGCAGCACACGAAUUUAAUAGGAUCCUGUCUUUAAUGCACUAUCCAUCCGAAGAGGAGAUAAAUAAAACAUGCUUGCACGUUGGAUUAGUGAACGGAACAAGGAUUCGACUGGGUAAGCUGAUGCCUGCGUUUAAUCAGCAACAGGCAACACUCAUCUAUGUUUAUGAUGAUGAGGUAAUUUCAUUUAAUUUGCAGGAAAAGGAUGAGGAGGCAAAUAUAGAAAGUGCGCUACAAUUAUUAACUUAUAUUCGUGAGACUAUUUGCAUGAACGGGAUGCGAAUUAAGUCGUUGUUGAACCGACGUCCAGCGAAGUUUAAUGCUUGCCUGAAAGCAUCGCUACCUAAACUACCUAAUGAGGCUGUUAAAUCGCGAAAAUAUAACACAAAAUUUACACCUCGGUCCAAAAGGCAGAGAUAUACUGCAGAUUUAUUAUAUUAA